AUGGCCGAGCUGCUGGGCCUGUGGAGCGUCGGCUACAAUGCCGCCAUGCUCGUUCUCUUCCUCCUCCUCAUAUACAAGCUCGUCAUCCUCCCUCUGAACCAGCUCCUCCUCCCCCUCAAUAGGCUAGCUGCUCUCCUUCGAUCCCAGACUUGUCGCAUCGUUGAGGCCGGCAAGGCAAGGCAACAAAGGCUUCAGCGCAGUAAGCAAGCAGAGCUGGUGUCCUUGCGCGGGCAUGAGGGCGAAGAAGCAGGAGAGGAGGGUAAGGAAAGGAGGAGUAACAAGGGAUCUGAUCUCGCUUCAUUGCUGAGGGACUUGGUCGCAUCCAACCUUUCAUACGAAGAGCUGCCCUUCUAUGACGUGUUUCACAGCUCUCCCUGCCCAGAAGCGGCAGGUCAGACUCACCUGCUGAGGAUCCUCCUCGUUCGCUCCCUCGGCUUCGUGUACGCAGUGGCCUUUCUUAUCGUCGCCCUUCAAGGUCGCCCCCUGGUCGGCAGGGCUGGGCUCUCCCCGGUGCUGGAGGAGGGGCAGCUGCGCUUCCUCUUCCUCGACCACGACGCGUGCUUGGAGCUCAUCGGGUGGUCCGGCUUCCUCCUCUCCUCUGCUCAGUGCCUGGGGCUGGUAGAUCAUGUUGCUGCCUCGGUCGGGCUGUGGGGGCUGUACCUUGUCUUCUACCGCUCAGCGCUGCAUGCCGAGCACUUCUUCCACUAUGGGUGGGACUUUCAGAUCCUGGAGACAGGCUUCCUCCUCAUCUUCCUCUCCCCCACCUUCUGCCCGGACGGGAGGCCCUCGGGGACCGUCCUCUGGCUCCUCCGCUGGCUGGCUUUCCGCGUCAUGCUGGGAGCAGGGAGGUCGAAGCUCAUGGCGCAGGAGACGUGCUGGAGGUGGGAGCACCUCGACUGUCUCUCUUUCCACUUCGAGACGACUGGCUCGCCUUCUCCCCUCGGCUGGUUCAUGCACCAUGCUCCUCCUGCUGCCCUCCAGCUCGGCGUCGUUGCCAACCAUGCGGUGGAGCUGGCAGUGCCCUGGCUGAUCCUCUUCCCCUGCCGGGCUGUGCGACUGUUUGCUGGAGUUUCUUCUAUCCUCUUCAUGCUCGGCAUCGCCCUUACAGGCAACUACGCCUUCCUCAACCACCUCACUUGCGUCCCCCUCCUCGCCUGCCUUGACGACAAGUUUCUGCACAGCUUCUUCUUCCCUCUCUCCUCGGCUCCUCCUGCAGGCAAGCACUCUCCCCACCGUCGCAUUCUCUUCUCGCGGGCCGCAGCGGUUGUGGUGUCGGCGACCAUCGUGCUCAAGUCGGUGGUGCCGGAAGAGGAGGGCGGGGCGUCGCCCGUGGGCAACUUGUUCGGCUCGCAUCCUUGGCUGCAGACAUUCGAUAGUCUCUUCCUCGUGAACGCCUACGGGGUCUUCGGGUCGAUCACCAAGAGGAGGACGGAGGUCGUGCUAUCCUUGGCGCGGGAUGGGCAGGACGGGAGCAGCUCGGGUUGGGAGGAGAUUGAGUUCAUGUGCAAGCCCGACGGCCUCCGCAAGCUCCCCUGCUUCGUCACUCCCUAUCAUUUCCGUUUCGACUGGGAGGUAUGGAUCGCUGUGACUGCGAUGGGGGAGCACACGGGACCGGUCACUCCUCCCUUCCUCCGCCGCUUCAUCCGCAAAGUUCUGCAAGGAGAUCGAGAUGCGAUGGGGCUGGUAAGGACGAGGAUGGCGGACGGUCAGGUUCCCUCCGCUGUUAAGGUCUCUUUCUACCUCUACAGAGCUUCCUCCCUUGCAGAGCUCCUCAGCUCGGGCAGGUGGUGGGAGCGACGGCUGUUGAGGGAGGAGAUUCAUCGAGGGGAAGGGAGGCAGCUAGAACAGUCAGGAGAUCCUGCACGAAGAGAUCGCUGUCUCCUCCUCCUCUCCCUCGGGCUGGUGGCAUGGAUGUGGAAGCUCAGGAGGGGGGGGAGGCGGGAGAGGACAGAUGCGAUCCUCGUUGUCCUCCUACUCCUCUCAGUUGUCCUGGUUGUAGUCAUGCAUGACAUGACGGGCGUCAGGGUUGGCCUCCUCCUCCUCCAGUUGCUGUCUGCUGUCGCUCUGUGCUGGGCCAAGGAGAGGGCGGCGGACCCACUCGUUCUCGCGCUCUCCUUCCUGCCACUCGUCGUGCUCCUGCUCGCUUGA